UGGAGGAUUCCGUUUAUUCAUCUUCUGUCAUAUGCUUGAAGAUAGAUGGUCAGUGGUCAGAAUGUCAUUCAGUAUCACCAUGAACCUGGUUUUGCUACUUUCAACUUCCAUUCUCUGUAUUGGAGUGUUUUCAGAAGAGGCUUCGAAACCUGAUGUUGUGAAUGUUGGAGCUAUCUUCACAUUUGGUACUAUCAAUGGGAAAGUUGCAAAGGUUGCAAUGAAGGCUGCUGAGAAUGAUAUUAACUCUGAUCCAAGUGUUCUUGGUGGUAGGAAAUUGACUAUAAGCCUGCAUGAUUCUAACUACAGCUCAUUUCUUGGCAUUAUUGGAGCAUUGCAGUUUAUGGAGAGUGAUAAAGUAGCAAUAAUUGGUCCACAAAGUUCUGUGAUGGCCCACGUCCUAUCACAUCUUGUAAAUGAACUCCAUGUUCCACUAUUGUCAUUCACGGCCCUAGAUCCCAGCCUGUCACCUCUCCAGUAUCCUUUCUUUGUUCAAACAGCCCCAAAUGACCUAUUCCAGAUGAUUGCCAUUGCUGAGAUGGUUAGUUAUUUUGGUUGGACUGAUGUAAUUGCUCUUUUUAGUGAUGAUGAUCAGAGCCGAAAUGGUAUAAUCACAUUAGGUGAUAAACUUUCAGAGAGACGUUGCAGAAUUUCUUAUAAAGGUGCACUUUCACCAGACCUAACAGCAACGCGAAGUGAAGUUUCUAGAGAAUUAGCUAAGAUUCAAAUGAUGGAAUCUCGAGUAAUUGUUCUUCACACUUUCUCAAAAACAGGUCUCUUGGUCUUUGAAGUGGCCAAGAGCCUUGGAAUGAUGGGGAAAGGAUAUGUUUGGAUAGCUUCUAGUUGGCUGUCCACUGUUCUAGAUUCAACUUCUCCACUUAAAUCAGAGACGGCAAACUCAAUCCGAGGAGCACUAACACUUCGUCCUCAUACACCUGAUUCGAAAAGGAAAAGGAAUUUUAUGUCUCGUUGGAACCAGCUGAGUAAUGGUUCUAUUGGGUUUAACCCUUAUGGUCUAUAUGCCUAUGAUACUGUUUGGAUGAUUGCUCGUGCAGUAAAGUUGUUACUAGAUCAGGGCGGCACCAUUUCAUUUUCCAAUGAUUCAAGAUUAAAUGCUUUUGUUGGGAGGACUCUUAACCUUUCUGCAUUAAAUACAUUUGAUGGUGGGAAGCAGUUACUUGAUAACAUAUUGGAGACAAAUAUGACAGGUCUGACAGGCCCUAUUCUGUUUAAUCAAGAGAGAUCCCUGAUAAAUCCUUCAUAUGACAUUAUUAAUGCAAUUGAAACUGGGUAUCAACAUAUUGGAUACUGGUCUAACUACUCCGGUCUUUCGAUUGUGCCACCAGAGACACUUUAUAGUAAAAAGCCUAACCGUUCUAGUUCAAACCAACAGUUAGACAGUGUGGUAUGGCCUGGAGGAGAAACAACAAAGCCUCGUGGAUGGGUUUUUCCGAACAAUGGAAGAGAACUAAGAAUUGGAAUUCCAAAGCGAGUUAGCUACCGAGACUUUGUGUUGCUAGUCAAUGGCACGGAUAAUGUGAAAGGAUAUUGCAUAGACGUAUUCCUUGCUGCAAUUAGAUUGCUUCCAUAUGCUGUUCCAUACAGGUUCAUUCCAUUUGGAGAUGGCCAUAAGAACCCAAGCUAUUAUGAGCUUGUCAAUAAAGUUAGUGCCGGUGUCUUUGAUGGUGUGGUAGGUGACAUUGCCAUUGUGACAAACCGAACAAAAAUGGUAGACUUCACUCAGCCAUAUAUAGAAUCAGGGCUGGUUGUGGUAGCUCCAGUCAACAAGAUAAGUUCGAGUCCUUGGUCCUUCUCGCGGCCAUUUACUCCAUUAAUGUGGGCAGUCACAGCAGCGUUUUUUGUCAUUGUGGGAGCAGUUGUGUGGAUCCUUGAACAUAGAAUAAAUGAUGAAUUCCGGGGCCCUCCUAAGCAGCAAAUUGUCACAAUUUUGUGGUUCAGCUUCUCUACAAUGUUUUUUGCCCAUAGAGAAAAUACAGUGAGCUCGCUGGGACGCCUUAUACUGAUUAUCUGGCUUUUUGUAGUUCUGAUAAUCAACUCAAGCUACAUUGCAAGCCUGACAUCAAUCCUCACGGUGCAACAGUUAUCAUCACCCAUCAAAGGAAUUGAUACCUUAAUUAGUAGCAAUGAACCAAUAGGCUUCCAAGUAGGGUCUUUUGCUGAAAACUAUCUGAUAGAGGAACUGAAUAUUCCAAAAUCAAGACUUGUUUCUCUUGGCUCACCAGAAGAAUAUGCCCAUGCCCUGCAGAGUAGAAGGGUAGCUGCAAUAAUUGAUGAGCGACCAUAUGUGGACCUCUUCCUCUCAGACCACUGCAAAUUCUCAAUCAGAGGCCAGGAGUUUACUAAAAGUGGAUGGGGAUUUGCAUUUCCUAAAGACUCUCCAUUAGCCAUUGACAUGUCUACUGCCAUUCUUGCUCUAUCUGAGAAUGGUGAGCUUCAGAAGAUUCAUGACAGAUGGCUGUCAAGAAAGGCUUGUAGUUCUGAUAGUUCUGAGGCUGAAUCCGAACAGCUUGACUUACAAAGCUUCUGGGGGCUAUUCCUUAUAUGUGGAAUUGCAUGUGUUCUUGCUCUCCUCAUGUACUUUUCGUUGAUGUUUCGCCAGUUCAGCCGGCACUGUCCUGAGGAACCUGAUUCUACCAGCCCUGUAAGCUCCCGUUCUGCACGUCUUCAAACAUUUCUAUCAUUCGCUGAUGGGAAGGUAGAGAAACCCAAAAGCAGCUCAAAAAGAAAACGUGAGAGUAUUUCAGGAAAUGGUUAUCAUAAAGGGGAGGAAUCGACUUUUAGAUCGGGAAGGAUUGAGAGGGACAUUUCCCAUGAAAGGCAGAGUGGUGGCUCGUGGCUUGUUAAAUAAUAUGGUCAGUUGCAAUUGAAUACUACUACUCUCACGGAUCACUUCAUCCUCCAGUUUAGAAGGAUCGGCUUUGAAGUUUUAGGUAGAGAUUGUUUACCCCAUUCUCUGCUCCAGUGGUCCUCCUGGGGUUUCAGCUGAUUCAAUCAUCUAUAGAGGCAUUAACUUAAAAAUGUAACAUAUUAGUUAUAUGAUUAUGAUCUAUAAGAAACAGUGUAAAAGUAAUGUUUCUCAAGUAUAACACUUCACAGCAUAUGGAAUUGAUCACUGCA